GACGCUCGACGCUCGACGCUCUCUGUGAGUUCUUGGUUCUUUGUUCUUUUUUCUUCUCGCGAGAGAGAGAGAGAGAGGGAGGGAGAGCGGAGGCGCCGUGCCACUGGGGUGCUGCUCUUGGGAGGAGGGAUUCGGCCCAUUGGGGAUGGAGGCGGCGAGCAUUCCAGCGGAUUGGCGGUGGAUUCUUUGAUCGAGGAUCUUGGAGGUGAGGGAAGAAAGAGCUCCGGCUAUGGCGUCCGUUGGAGCGCUUGGAAUCGGGCUUAGCAUUGUCUUUGGCGUCUUUCUUGUGCUGCUACUGGCGGAGCUCUACUAUCUCCUCUUCUGGAAGCGCAGAUCUCUCAUUGCGAGCUCGCGCGUCACGAGCGCCAGCGUCGCGCCGAAUGAUCCUUCUCGACCAGAGGUGGUAAUGGGGGAAGGAGGAGGAGGAGGAUCGAGCGAGACGGCGUUCGUGGCCAAGAUGUUCGAGAGCCGCGGGCUUGGAUCGCAGAUUGGGAUGAUGCUGGAUGGGGGCGAGUGUGUUCUUGCGCCGCCCAGGCUGCUCUUCACGAUCAAGGAGGAGGCGCGGGAGGAUCUCGUGGACUCCGCCGAGGACGCGCUCAAAUCCUCGUCCAUCCGGCUCAAGCGCGGGGGUGCCGGGCACGUCGUGGUGGAGGUGAUCCAGCCCGACGUUCCGGAUGUCCGCGAGCGCGAGAGAGGGCUUCUCCACGUUUGCUCCUCGUCGUCGUGCGAGGAAUCUGGGAGCUCCUCCUCGUCUGGGGCAUCGGAAGAUCAGGACUUGGGCGAUCAUCGCCCAGCAGCGGCGGCGACAGAGAUUUCUCUCGCGGUGGAUCGUCCCCCACUCCCGGCAUCCGCGGUGGUGGAUGUGAUCGAGGAAGAGGAAGAGAUGUCCUCCGCGACGCCAUUCGUGACGCCGCCAUCGUCUCCAGCAUUCUCCACGCCCCCCUCGUCGCCCGAUCGCCCCCAGAUGUGGGCGAGGCCACCGCCACCACCGCGGCCGCCGCGAUUGUCGUACGAAUCGCCGCCAUCGCCACCGCUGCUGCCAAUGCCGGUGCCUGUGUCGAGCGACGCUCCUCCCGCGGCAAUGACGCCAUUGUCAGUGUCCUCUUCCUCGCCGGGCAGGAGGAGCAGCAGCAGAGCCACUGCCAGCGCUUGCAGCAGGGAUUCCUUCUCGUCCGCCGCGGCGAUGCGAUCGUCCCGGCAAGAUGACGCAGGUGGUAACGCUGAUGCCCGACCCGAUCAACGCUACCGUCGUCUCGAACGCCGGGACCGCCAGCGCCAGCAGCAGCACCACCGCCAUGAUCGCGCUCCUCACCAAGACGCUGCUCCAGCUCCGCCAGGCUCCGUCACCGCCACCGCCGCCGCCGGAGAGCGAUGGUGGCGACGGAAUGAGAGAUUCCAUGUGUACUGCCAGGGUAUUGACGACGAGCGCGUACUUGGUGAGAGGGAUGAGCACUACCAGGAACAGCACCAGCUUGGCCACCGCGAGCUCCUUGGGCAGGCUGAGAGUCACCUGGGACUGGAUCGAGGAGCCAAACAUGAUCCUGGGAAGGAUCACGUGUCCCGAGUAGCAAAAUGCGUAGAGGCCAGCGACUUCGGCGAGCUUUGUCGGAUUCACGAGCGCGAUCGAGUGGUGGAAUCCAAUCCCGUCGACUAUCCCGGCCCAGAGAACUCCCAGGACGAUGAUCAAGUAAGUUGCGAUUCCACCCAGCGAGACAUACGAGAGCCAGCUCAAGUCUCUCACCCAGAUGAUCGGAAGAACCGCGAGCACGCCGGCGAUGGGGAGGAACUGCGUAGGCGCGAGCUCCAGCCACGGGAGAUGGACACCUGCGUGUUUGCUUCCAAGGCAUCGGGCGAGGAUGUAGGCCGUGUAGCAAAAGAUUGCGCCGCACGAGAAGAGGACGAUCAGGCCGAGCCAUCCGCCAUUGUGGAGAGAGUAUGGACACGAGAGCAUCCCCAGACCUGGAAGAAGCAAGCGAUUAAUCGAAGAGAGACAGGAGAAAUUCGAGAAGAAGAGGAGGACUUUUGGAAUUUCUCCGGGAAAAGGAACUCUGUCCCCAUUCUAGGGCUUGGCGAGGCGGGCAUGGCGAGCGCGCCCAGCGAUGGAGCUCCUCCUCCCGCGACACAGCAAUCCAGCGGCGGAAUCCCAUCAUCCGCAGCUCCAGCAACGGUAGGAUCGGCUGCCUCGGCGUCUGCGCCAUCGCCGGCCGCCUCUGGAUCAGGGCCGCCGCCCGGAUCUCAGCUCCCAGUCGCGACGCAAUCGGCAGUUCCGAUCCCUCAGGCGGCUACAUCGGUGGGGGGACUGGGAUCGCCAGGACUGAUGGCCGGGCAGCAGCAAAAUCCCGCGGUGGGAUCGCAGCCUCCAGGUCAGAAUUUCUCUUCGCUCCAGCCCCAGCAGCAGCAGCAGCUCAUCCAGAACGCGGUCUACCAGCAAAAGAUGCGGCAGAGGGUGAUGGUUCCACAGCAGCAGCAAGCUCCUCGCGGCGUGGCUGCUGGGAGGCCUUCCCAGGCGCCGGCGCCCACCAGCAACGUCUACUCGCAAGCGGUGUCGUCGCCCAUCGGUGGUGGCGCCGCCGCCACCUCCAUGCAGCAGCAGCUUGCGCAGAGGAUAAGCUCGCAGCAAAGGCCGCAGCAGAUGGCCGCGCAGAAUGGGCAGACCAUCCAGCAGCAGCAGCAGCAGCAGCAGCAGCAGCAAGCCAGCGCUCUCAGCGCCACCGCGAUUCGAUCUUCCAUGUAUCCCUCGCAGACCACCAACAUGCAGCAGUACAUGACGCAGCAGGGAUUGCGGCAUCCAUCCAUGCUCAAUGGCCAGGCUUCAACAAUGCAACAGGUGAGGCAAAAGCAAGCGCAAGCACAAUUCCAGCCAGCAGGGAUUCAGGGGCUGCACCAGAUGAUGAGUCCUCUCGGGAGACCCUCCGGAAUGCUCCAAGCGCAACGAGCACAAGGCAACGUUCGUGCGCAGCAGCAGCAGCAACAACAGCCGCAGCAGCAGCAGCCGCAGCAGCAGCUAACUUCUCCUCAGAGGUUGCAAUCCGGCCAGGUUGCAAGAGCGCCAUCUCCUGCACAGCUUGCUUAUCAGAUGCAAACGCCCCUGCAGCAGCAGCAGCAGCAGCAACCGUGGUCCAAACAGCUUUCCGCUGCGCAGUAUCAGCACUUGAGGCCAGUCCAGCAAUUAUCUCCACAGCAGUUUCAACAGCAGCAGCAGCAGCAGCAAUUAAGACAGCUCCAGAGGCCUCUAGUGUCCCCGGGUGCCAAUUUUAAUCCUCAGGCUGCUGGAACACCGGCGCCAGUUAACCAGCCACCGGAGCCAACCAACAGAAUCCUGGGCAAGCGGAGCAUUCAGGAGCUUGUCACGCAGGUGGAUGCCAAAGAGAAGCUUGAGCCGGAAGUGGAGGAUGCUUUGCUGGAGAUAGCCGACGAUUUCAUCGAAACGGUGACGACGUUCGCCUGUGCUCUUGCAAAGCAUAGAAAAUCUACGGUUUUGGAAGCCAAGGACGUGCUUUUGCACUUAGAGAGGAACUGGCGAAUCACACUUCCGGGCUUUGGUGGCGAAGAGUACAGAACGUACAAGAAACCCGUAGCUAGCGACGUCCACAAACAGCGCUUGGCAGUGAUCAAAAAGUCACAAGCGGCCUCACCAGCAGAACCAAAAGCCGCCAUCGGCAGUCCUCCAGGAAUGAAACUGCCUGCUGCGUCGCCAAUCCAGUCUCCUCCUGGAUCCAGAAUGGGAUAGACACCCAAAUUUUUCUUCUCCUGUAAACUAACACAGUGAUCUGUAUAGAGAACUCCCGCCAGGACGAUUGUGAUGGAA